AAAAGUCGUGAAAGUGAAACUCCACCAAGGAUUUGACCAACUCACCGACCAGUAUCGCCUCAAACUGAAAGCCAGGGCGGCGGCGAACGUCAGAAACUAAGAAAUGUCCAUGACUGCGACCAUGCAAACUCCGCUGCUAUUAGACGCCGUCGAUGGUGCCGUUGACUACAAAGGCCGUCCGGUCUUCCGAUCCAACUCCGGCGGCUGGAGAUCUGCAUCCUUAAUCAUUGGUGUUGAAAUAGCGGAGAGGUUCGCGUACCAUGGGAUCGGCGCCAACCUCAUAACGUACUUGACUGGGCCGCUGGGCCAGUCAACGGCCACCGCCGCCCAGAACGUGAACGUGUGGGACGGAACGGCGUCGUUGCUUACGCUUCUGGGUGCGUUCGUGGCCGACUCCUUUCUCGGCCGCUAUCGCACCAUUGUCGUCGCUUCUCUCAUCUACAUCCUGGGACUUGGCUUGUUGACUGUGUCGUCAAUGUUUCCUUAUCUCAGCUCAUCUGACUGCCAAGACACCAGUAAAUUUAUUCCAUGUUCUCCUCCUCAAGCUCAAGUAAUCUUAUUCUUCUUCUCUCUAUACCUAGUAGCACUUGGGCAAGGGGGGCAUAAGCCUUGUGUUCAAGCUUUUGGAGCAGAUCAAUUUAAUGGGCAAGAUCCAGAAGAGUGCAAAGCCAAAAGCUCAUUCUUCAACUGGUGGUAUUUUGGUAUAUGUGCAGGUGGCUUAGCAUCACUUUUAAUCUUGACCUACAUACAAGAUAACCUUAGUUGGGGUCUUGGUUUUGGAAUUCCUUGUAUCACGAUGGUGGCUGCACUAGCUAUUUUCUUACUUGGAACUAGGACUUACCGGUAUGGCAUCCAAGGGGAGGAGAAAAGCCCGUUUGUGAGAAUUGGUCGGGUGUUUGUUGCUGCAGUAAGGAAUUGGAGAACCACCCCCUCAGCCAUAGCUAUUGAAGAGGAAGCUCGUGGAACCUUGCCUCACCGGUGCUCAGAAGAAUUCAAGUUCCUCAACAAAGCGUUGCUUACACCAGAUGGUUCUAAGGAAGAUGGGAAGGUGUGUAGCAUCAGCGCAGUUGAAGAAGCAAAGGCAGUUCUUAGGCUUAUCCCAAUAUGGGUGACAAGCUUGGUGUAUGCUAUUGUGUUUGCCCAGCCCUCGACUUUCUUCACCAAGCAAGGAGCUACAAUGAACAAAACAAUUGUUGCGGGCUUUGACGUACCGGCCGCUGCUCUUCAAUCCUUUAUCAGCCUUGCCAUUGUUCUCUUUAUUCCCAUAUAUGACCGCAUUUUUGUCCCCAUAGCAAGAGCUUUCAGCAAGAAACCCUCUGGCAUCACAAUGCUGCAGAGAAUUGGAAUUGGAAUGCUUCUAUCUGCUAUUUCCAUGGCCAUUGCAGCUCUAGUUGAGAUGGUGAGGCUCAAAACUGCUCAAGAAUAUGGGUUAGUUGAUUUGCCAAAACAGACAGUCCCAAUGAGCAUAUGGUGGUUGGUUCCUCAAUACAUCUUGUUUGGGAUUGCUGAUGUUUUCACCAUGGUUGGUCUGCAAGAGUUUUUCUAUGAUCAGGUCCCAAACGAAUUGAGGAGUGUGGGUCUCAGCCUCUACCUGAGCAUUUUUGGCGUGGGGAGUUUUCUAAGCAGCUUCCUUGUCUCUGCCAUUGAGAAAGUGACUAGUGGGGAUGGUGGGGAUAGUUGGUUUGCCAAUAAUCUGAAUCGGGCACAUCUUGAUUACUUUUAUUGGUUACUUGCUGGACUUAGUGUAAUAGAGCUGGCGGCUUACUUGUACUUUGCAAAAGCUUACAUUUAUAAUAUCGAUGGUGCCGUUGACUACAAAGGCCGUCCGGUCUUCCGAUCCAACUCCGGCGCCUGGAGAUCUGCAUCCUUAAUUAUUGGUGUUGAAAUAGCGGAGAGGUUCGCGUACCAUGGGAUCAGCGCCAACCUCAUAACGUACUUGACUGGGCCGCUGGGCCAGUCAACGGCCACCGCCGCCCAGAACGUGAACGUGUGGGACGGAACGGCGUCGUUGCUUACGCUUCUGGGUGCGUUCGUGGCCGACUCCUUUCUCGGCCGCUAUCGCACCAUUGUCGUCGCUUCUCUCAUCUACAUCCUGGGACUUGGCUUGUUGACUCUGUCGUCAAUGUUUCCUUAUCUCAGAUCAUCUGACUGCCAAGACACCAGUAAAUUUGUUACAUGUUCUCCACCUCAACCCCAAGUAAUCUUAUUCUUCUUCUCUCUAUACCUAGUAGCACUUGGGCAAGGGGGGCAUAAGCCUUGUGUUCAGGCUUUUGGAGCAGAUCAAUUUGAUGGGCAAGAUCCAGAAGAGUGCAAAGCCAAAAGCUCGUUCUUCAACUGGUGGUAUUUUGGUAUGUGUGUAGGUGGCUUAGCAUCACUUUUAAUCUUGACCUAUAUACAAGAUAACCUUAGUUGGGGUCUUGGUUUUGGAAUCCCUUGUAUAAUGAUGGUGGCUGCACUAGCUAUUUUCUUGCUUGGAACUAGGACCUACCGGUAUAGCAUCCAAGGGGAAGAGAAAAGCCCAUUUAUGAGAAUUGGUCAGGUGUUUGUUGCUGCAGUAAGGAAUUGGAGAACCACCCCUUCAGCCAUAGCUAUUGAAGAGGAAGCUCAUGGAACCUUGCCUCACCGGAGCUCAGAAGAAUUCAAGUUCCUCAACAAAGCGUUGCUUGCACCAGAUGGUUCUAAGGAAGAUGGGAAGGUGUGUAACAUUAGCGAGGUUGAUGAAGCAAAAGCAGUUCUUAGGCUUAUCCCAAUAUGGGUGAUAAGCUUGGUGUAUGCUAUUGUGUUUACCCAGCCCUUGACUUUCUUCACCAAGCAAGGGGCUACCAUGGACAGAACAAUUGUGUCGGGCUUUGAUGUACCGGCCGCUGCUCUUCAAUCCUUUGUCAGCCUUACCAUUGUCGUCUUUAUUCCCAUAUAUGACCGCAUUUUUGUGCCCAUAGCAAGAGCUUUCAGCAGGAAACCCUCUGGUAUCACAAUGCUGCAGAGAAUUGGAAUUGGGAUGCUUCUAUCUGCUAUUUCCAUGGCCAUUGCAGCUCUAGUUGAGAUGAAGAGGCUCAAAACUGCUCAAGAAUAUGGAUUAGUUGAUUUGCCAAAACUGACUGUCCCAAUGAGCAUAUGGUGGUUGGUUCCUCAAUACAUCUUGCGUGGGAUUGCUGAUGUUUUCACCGUGGUUGGUCUGCAAGAGUUUUUCUAUGAUCAGGUCCCAAACGAAUUGAGGAGUGUGGGUCUCAGCCUCUACAUGAGCAUUUUUGGCGUGGGGAGUUUUCUAAGCAGCUUCCUUGUCUCUGUCAUUGAGAAAGCAACUGGUGGGGAUGGUGGAGAUAGUUGGUUUGCCAAUAAUCUGAAUCGGGCACAUCUUGAUUACUUUUAUUGGUUUCUUGCCGGACUUAGUGUAAUAGAACUGGCCGCUUACUUGUGCUUUGCAAAAGCUUACAUUUAUAAUAGAGGAAGCAAGGUAUGAAUGCAGUCUUCUGCAACUGCAAUUGUUGUGACACAAGUCAUUGGUUGUAUGGGAUGGGAAACUUGUUAUUAGAACAAAAAGAAAAGGAAAAAACAGAAAGACUGUUGAGAUGUGUAAAUAAAAUUCCAAUUGUACAUAGAAUAUUUGGGGUCUCCCGUUGGAAUUUUAUUAGGGGAUUCAAGAACUAUUAUAUUGAGAUGUGUAAAUAUUCAUUUUCACAAAUAUUGAGAGGGGUUUCUUGCUCGGGAAGUUUAUUUUG